CGACGACGACGACGACGACGACUGCACGCCAAUUAUCGACGACCGCCCACGAUGAGCGCACCUACUGCUAAGAGCAAGCGCGGGCCUACGGUGCUCAUGACCGACUCGCGAGACUCGCCUCCUCGACAGCAGCAGCGGCCAUCUUCUGCUCUUCAACGACAAGCGACGGGCGCAAGGCUCAUCAGUGUGGAUAAUAUACUGCAGUAUGCCUCAGACAUCCCUUCGCAGCAGCGUCGUGGCCCUCCUCUUCCACGCCCUGCCAACCACAAUCGCACCCCCAGCGGCCGCCAUCCGCUCGACCCCAAGCUGUCCGGACGCCUGAUUCCCGCGCACAUGCCGACGCGCUCCAGCAAGCUCAGCGAGAAGCUCGUAUUGCUGCCAGAGACCGACGAGGCCGAAGAAGACGAGAAGGGCGAAUUCGACGAGGACGACGGCGCUGGACCGCCCACCGAUGUCCAGCUCGGCCGCCGCAAGGUAGGCCCUACAGACAAGAGCUAUGCAGAGCGGCUGCCCAAAGCCCGCCGAACAGACAAGCUCUCUCGCGUCACGGCCUACUGCACCGCCCAGGCCUACAAAAUGAAGAGCACCUCCGCCUUCGUCAAGGACACGCACAAUGCCCGCACAAAGCUCUACGACGACUGCCUGUACUGCGUCUAUCACCUCCCGCUCCUCCCUGCUAGCGAAGGCUACCGCGUGCGCAGCAGUCCCGCCCUCAAGUCGCCCGGCGGAAAGACUGUCCUCGACGAGGAGAUUGAGCGCAACGAAGCCCGGCACCACCACGAAGGCUACUUCGGCGACGAAGAAACGUACUACGUGCGCGACGACGACCAAGCCUCCGAUGAGUCCCCCAACUUCCUCUCCCACACCAACAGCAACCGCGAGCGCCGCGACUCAGAUUCGCAGCCCACACGCGUCCCACCAAACGCGCUUAGCUUCGGCGAGAUGUUCGUCUUCAGCUACGGCGUCGUCGUGUUCUGGAACUUCACCGAGAAGCAGGAAAAAGACAUCCUCGCCGACCUGACCUUCAGCUUCAACCACACCGGCAUCCAGAUUGCAACCCGGCCGCUCACAGAAAGCGAUUUCGAAACAGAGGAGUUCCACUUCGAGUACAACCCUGAGAUACCGCGGCCGCGAGUGUACAACGAUAUGAUCACGCUGAAGAGCGGGGAUCAUAUGAUCAAACUCGCCAUGAGCCAUGCGAUCGCGCAGAGCACGAAACUGAGUCUGUUCGAAGAGGGCAUGAACCGCACGAUGCUGGCAGCACAAUACGUGCCCAAGCGCCUCGCGCUCACGGGCAACUUGGGCAUGCGGCGAACAGACGUCGUCAAGAUGAUCGGGCAACUCUUCACCUCCCGCGUAGACGUCAAUCUCUCAUCCAACCUCCUAGACGACCCAGCAUUCUUCUGGGACUCCGAGCCCACGCUGCACCCGCUCUACACCGCCGUCCGCGAAUACCUCGAGAUCAAACCGCGCAUCCAGGUCCUCAACGAGCGGUGCCAGGUCUUCCUCGACCUCGGCGAGAUCUUGUCCGACAGCAUCAGCGACAAGAAGAUGACCCGCAUCACCUGGAUUAUUAUUUUCUUGAUCGUGGUCAGCAUUUGCGUUACGUGUCUCGAGGUCAUUCUCAGGUUUGCAAUUCUGAAUAGCAGGAAGGGGAUGGCGCCUGUUGAGGGCGUGCCGGGCGUUGGAGGCGUGGAUGGGGGUAUUGAGAUGAUGGGUAUGGAGCGGCCCAGCAGUCUGGGUGGAUUGCAUGGGAUGAACAAAGUUGGAUACGCAGGUCCCAGCCUUCUUCUGGCAAGAUCAUUGGUGUGGGUGGCCGGUGCUGUCAAGGGAUUUUUUGCGUAGAGCGUGCACAUGUGGAGCCAGCAGUCCUUCUCGUCUCUUUACAGAGGAGUGGCUCUCCUCAUCUUCUCAGACAUAGCGAUGGCGUUAAGGAUUCGGAUACAUACAUAGGGCUUCUAUACACUAGGCAUGUACUAUGU